AUGGAAGCUCAAACUUCUUCCUCUCCCGCUUUUCCUACGGCAGGUUUGGGGCCUUGUGAACUAUCAUACUCCCAUUCAACUAAGGAUCCACAUUAUCAUUCUCACCAGUGGGUUUUCUGGAGCACAUUUUGCAAUGACAAAGUACACUGCGUCAAGCCUCGUGUUGCCGCCGCUGCUGGCGGUGCCGUGAUUAAGGACCAGAUCAAACGUUUUCUAGAACUUGUUAAGCAGAUAAUUUGGUGUCGGUGUCGUCUAGUUCAGUUUUGGGGCUUAGUGAAGAUUGACGACAAAAUGUAUUUGACAACUUGUGACCAGCCUUUUGCUUUUCAGUGCUCCAGUCCUCUAGACGUCAAGAAAGUAUGCGAACAUAGGAAGCACUGUUUGGAUUACUUAAUACCCGUGGAUGAUGAUGAUGAUGGUGAGCUUAUAAUUGGUCCCCCUGGUCGGGUGUUCCGCAGUGGAUUCCCUGAAUAUGCACGGAAUGUGGGUGAUUACACUAGUAGAGAGUAUCCUCAACGUGAUUUUGCGGCCGAGCGUUUCAGGGAUUACUGGGCGUUGCCAGUCUAUCAUCAUCCUACUCAGGACCUCCCCAGUGGUGUACUCGAAAUUGUUGCAUCAUCAUAUGUUUUUAGCGUUUCUGGACAUUGGGUUCUGGAGAAGCUUCAGAAUCUACUACGGGAGGUGAAUCUGACAACUACUCGUGUAAGUGUCGCGGAAGUAAAUUCAGGUCAUCAAGAAGAAGAAAUUGCUAUACUUUACAUAGUAUCAAUCGUUGUGAGCACAAUACAUAAAUUGCCUCAUCGUGAAAUUUGGAGUGCUUCUGGAGAAAUGCUAAGUUCUUGUGAUGGUGAUUUUAUUCAGAAGGGACAAGGGGUAGUUGGAAAGGCAUUUUCAUCCAAAAGUGCAUGCUUUUGUAGGGAUAUAAGACAAUUGAGCAUAACAGAGUACCCGUUGGUACCCAUUGCACGACGCUUGAAGUACUCUGCCUGUUUUGCAGUUUGUUUGCAGAGCUAUUGCUCGAACAAUUGCAUUUACGUACUGGAGUUCUUUCUACCUACGUAUGAAGAAGAUGAAGAUGAAGAUGAAGAUGAAGCAGACUAUGGGGAAGAUGAAGAUGAAGCAGGCUAUGAGGAAGAUGAAGCAGACUAUGGGGAUCCUAGGACAUUGUUGAACAGCCUAAUGGAGACAUUGAAAGAACGCCUCGGAAGUUCUUUUAAGAUUGCUUCGGGACAAGAAUUGGGGCAGAAAUUGACUGUUGAGGUUAUAAAGGUCUCUCCAGAGGAUAAAUUUGAUUCUUUUGAAAUCUGCAAUACUACUCGUAGUGAGUCUACACCCGGGCUUGUAGAAGUACAAGAGGGAGCAGGAAUGGCGCAACUUGAUUGCUCAUCUCAACAAGUUGAUGCCGCAAAUGGUUCUAUGGAUGGUAUCCAUAACCAGCAGAAUAGAAGUGUUGGAUCUACAAGGAGGAGACGGAAUGGAAGUGUUGGAUCUCCGGAGGAUGAAUUUGAUUCUUUUGACAUCUCCAGUCCUGCUGGUAUCGAAUCUCAACCUAGGCUUGAAGAAGUACAAGGAGGAGACGGAAUGAUGCAACUUGAUUUCUCAUCUCAACAAGUUGAUGCUGCAAAUGGUUCUAUGGAUGGUAUCCAUAACCAGCAGCAUGGAAGUGUUGGAUCUACACCUAGGAAUGCAAAAGCACAAGGAGAAGGAAUGGUGCAAGUUGAUAAUGCAAAUGGUCAUAUAAAUGGUGUCCAUGCACAGCAGAGUGGGAUUGUUGGAUCUCCACCCAGACCAGAGCACGUGCAGGGCAUUGUCAACAUAUCAGAUCAAGAAUUAAAUCUUGCAGGAGUUGAUGUUGUGCACAAUUCUACGGAUGGUGUUUAUGAACAGAAAAAUGGAAUUGAUAGAUCUUCAACUGGACAGGAGGUCGUGCAAAACAUGGUCAGCAUAGCACAUGAUGAACCAAUUGUGGAAGAUCCUCGAAGAGAUGGUGCUAGUAUAGAACAGAGGGACAAUGAAGUGACUAAUUUAGAAGUGCAAAAGCCUAGUUGGACUUUAAAAAGCGACCUUGGAAUUACUCGUGAGGUUCUUGAACAAAAUUCUACAAGGAGACUUGAAGAUGCUGCAAAAGUUCUUGGAGUUAGUCGAUCUACAUUGAAGCGUAUAUGUAGGGAGUACGGUAUUAACAGAUGGCCACCUCGUAAAGCAAGAAAGGUUAGUCAAGCAUUUGCUGUACAGAAAACUGUUCAACCUUCUACUGAAGAUACUCAUGAACACCACCAGUCAAAUGCAAGGGCGAAGGCAAAAUAUCAAGGGCGCAUGAUAAAGUUCAGACUUCCAUUUUCUGCGAGUAAAAUCAAUUUGGAGGAGAACGUAGCACAACGACUGAAUCUAGCCAUGGGAAGUUUUAUAAUUGAGUAUCAGGAUGAAGAUGAUGAUCGGAUAUGGAUAACCUGUGAUGGAGAUCUGAGAACGUCUAUGAGCACAUUAAGCUCAUUAGGUAGGACUACAAUCAAAAUGUAUAUUGUUAAGGACAGUCCAAAUAGGAGAGAUCAAUAG